CACGAGGUCAUAUCCUAUUCAUUGGAAUCAUUCUCCACGAAGGAAGCUCUUCUACAUUCUCAUCAACUCUUUCUCGCUCGUACGCUCACUCGAGUCGACGACUCGGGGAUGAGAGCGUGAUGUUAAGCAACGGUUGAAACUUUGGAUUCUCAGUGCUCGCCCGGGUCAUCCUUCACCUAAGCUUCACCACGACAUCGAACAUAGUCCAUCAUGCCUCACGCCACCGAGAACGGCGACAACGUCGUCGAUGAUCUCGAUUUUCAGAAUGUCUUAGCUCAGAUAAAUGCUCCUGAUGGCGGUCAAUUUGAUUUUAUGGGACGUGACUUGGAGACCGGCGAAAAAGCGGACGAUGCGAUUGAUUUUGAGGACUUCGACGAUGACGACCUUCCCGAUGAAGAAGAAGCACCUACUACUUCCGUCGUGCAGGUGCCAGAAGUGAAACAGGAUGAAAUAGAUCUAGAUAAUCUGUUUUCCGGUGAUCUCUUUGGCAAUGACGAGGCUACUGCUGAACAUAAUGGUCGAGAUGAAGUGGAUGACUUGUUCGGCGACGGCGCGUUGUCUCCGGUCGCUGAAAAUGGUCACACAACAGAAGAUUUGUUUGGCGACCGAGAACAUAUGAACGGUAUAGACAACAAUGCUGCCUUACCACUCACCGAAACCGCUCCUGAUGAUGAUGGGGAUAUUGAUCUUUUCGGAGAGGAUCCAGACGAGACCAUCUCUCAUGCAGAGGAGGACAUGGAUCCGGCAACAUUGAAUGCUUGGAGAGAACAACAAGCUCUGUUUGCGCGCUCUGCGGCUGCCGCUGGUGUCAUCCCCGGUCCUGAUCAUAUUCCUGCUCCACCCGAAAAUGAUGAAGAACUGCUGAGGUCACUAUGGCCGAAUUUUGAUCGGGACUCAUUUCCUCGAUUCGUUGAACUUUUUCGUCACAAGAAGGCAUUUUACCUUGGGAAACAACCCUCGAAACCUCCGAAACCUGUUUUGCCCACCAAAAUCAAUCUCGAGUUUGGUCUGGACCAAGAACGAAUUUUCAAGACCGGUGGACAAGGUACUAAGCGUGCCCAUGAUUUCGAAAAUCUGGGUUUAGUAUCACUUCAGCAAGUCGAGGACUCUCCUGUCGAAUCUGAGGAAGAUUUUGAUGCCGAGUUUGACGAUUCAGAGAUCCUUCCCGGUGGUGUCACCAUGCAAGAUCUUCGCGUCUUGUGUACUGAUUGGGACAUUAAGACAGUGGUCUCAGAGGCCGAUGAGGAGGAAGAGGCAGCUCCACAAGAGGCUACAACAGUACCUGUUGAUGAAACUACCUGGUCACUUGACAUGGAAGAAGUACGACCCACGAAAAAACGCAAGCUUGGGCGUGAUCCGCAUGAGCUACUGGCCCUGGCGGACAUUGAAAUACCUCUUCUGGAUGACCCAGGUCGCCUGACUUCUCAAAUUGCUAAGAAGAUUGUUAUUGACUUGAACGACCCUCACUUAUUACUUGACACCCGUCCUGAAGCUAUCCUACAGAAACCGAAGUCGCUAAAUGUUCACGACCGGGAUGAAAUGGACGCCAACACGACCAAACGUCUCAAUAAACGGUACAAUAUUUCUAAUGACGAUGCCUACGAUAUGCUGAAGGAGAACCAUCAAAGCAAAAUCCGAAGUACAUUGGGAAAUGCAGCUCUCGAGCAUAGUAUGCCUGCUCUCCGGCUACAAUGGCCAUAUUACAAGACUGAAUUGUCGACGGCUGAAGCACGAUCAUUUCAUCGUCCAGCUCUGUCUUUCCGACCUCAUGUCAGUUCAUGGUUUAAGAAUUCCCCGGUCAUCAAACGCAAGCAUACCAAAGGAAAGGACGUCAAAGCUCUCUACAAUUCUACCAAGUCCUUGUCACUAGCAGAUAACUCGACAGUACUAUUGCUAGAAUACUCUGAAGAAGUUCCUAUGAUGAUGUCGAAUUUUGGUAUGGCGAACCGUGUCGUCAAUUACUACCGCCGCAAGAAUACAGAUGAUCCUACACGUCCCAAAGCAGAGAUUGGUGAGACCCAGGUAUUGUUGCCUCAAGACAAAAGUCCAUUCUCUAUAUUUGGGCAUAUUGACCCCGGGGAAACCGCUCCCGCUAUUACGAACACCAUGUAUCGUGCCCCUAUCUUCAGUCACCAGCCUAAAUCUACAGAUUUUCUGGUCGUCAAAGGCACAACUCAAACCGACGGUUCCAGUUUCUUUCUCAAGAACAUUGAGAAUCUUUAUGUAGUUGGGCAACAAUUCCCCUCUACGGAUAUUCCUGGUCCACAUUCACGAAAAGUUACGACUGUUGCUAAAAACCGCUUGAAGAUGCUUACUUUCCGGUUGAUGAAAAAGGAUGGCAACAUGCAAGUUUCAAUCAAUCAAGUCACCGCACAUCUUCCUGGUUCUACAGAUAUGCAGAACCGACAAAAGAUGAAAGAUUUCGUCUCUCAUAACAAGGAUACCAAAAUGUGGGUACCACCAGAAGGGCCAAUUCCGGAUUCGGAUACCAUUCGGUCCUGGAUACAGCCUGAAGAUGUCUGUCUACUGGAGUCUAUGCAAGUUGGAUUGCAACAUCUUCAUGAUACCGGCCACUUCAACGCCGCCGAAAAUGAUGACGAAGAAGCAGAGGGAGAUAGCAGCUUUGAACAACAGAUGGCGCCAUGGCGUGCAUCUCGCAACUUCAUAAUGGCAUCCCAAGGCAAGGCUAUGUUGAAGUUACAUGGUGAGGGAGACCCAACUGGCCGUGGUGAAGGGUUCAGUUUCAUCAAGACAUCGAUGAAAGGUGGAUUCCAAGCCAUUGGCGAAAGUGCACAGGAAAAAAUGGAGAAGAGAGAACAAAAAGAGACCGGUGGACAUAGCUACAACGUUGCAAGACAACAAAGGGCAUACGAACAGUCUAUCCGUCGUAUCUGGGACGCCCAAAAGGCAAGUUUGUCAUCUCAGAUGGAAGCAUCAGACAACGACAGCGAUAUGGAUCAAGACGAAGAGGACGAUUUCAACAAACCAACACCACGAGAAGUUGCCACUCCAUCUUUCCGUCGUGAUGAUGAGAGUAUGAGUCAGUUUAGUAGAUUCAGCAGUCGUAGCCAACGGGGCAAGGUAUUGAGGAUCGUGCGAGAUUUCGAGGACGAAAAUGGAAACGUCUACCAGAGAGAACAAUUAGUCUGGGAUCCGCGAGUUAUUCGGAAGUACAUGCAGAUUCGGCAUCGUGUUGAAGCUGUCAAUACCCAACUCGCUGAAUUACAGCCAACCGGUAAUGCGGAAGUUGAUGCUCGUAACAAGAAACUACUGGAAGCUGAACUGUCAAGACUAAACCGUAAUAAAGAACGACGAUUCGCUCGCGAGAAACAAAAGGGUAUCGGUCGAGCUUCCAUUGCCGACUCCGAAGAAGCUGGCACCCCUUCAAAAUCUGGUGGAACCACGACACGAAAAUGUGCCAAUUGCGGAAUGGUUGGACAUAUCAAGACUAAUAAGAAACUUUGCCCUAAACUGAAUGGUACCGCACCGCCAGAUGAGGGCAUCAGCGAAACUGCAUUCUCCAUGGGACCAGGCACGACUUCUUUCUGAUCCUCGCACUUCACGCACGAUUACAUUUGCAUCUCAUUUCCGAGGCAUCAUUUCAACCAUCUAUCUUUCCAGAAACGAAAAGCACUUAUUUAAAGUAUCAUUACUGGAGUCUCUUUCAACCUCUACCUUUCUUUUUUCCCUGUUCUUAUCUCUCUGGGGAAAGGUUUGCAUAUACCAUAAAUCGGUCGGUGUCUUACUGAGUUCUUAUUAUUGUUAUUCUUAUUUUCUCCAACGUGGACGGUUUUGCGCUAAGAUCGAGAGAGAUUGCAUCUGUGUAUGUUAGUUAAGGGUUAGGAUAAAACAUAUCGUGAUCGAGAAAUACAUUCGUGUUGAAUGCUACCUAU